CACCAGCAAGAAAGGAGCUUGCUGACGGCAGUGUUUGGAGAAAGCUCUCGGGAGGCUGUCGGAAAUGAGUUUUUCACUGAACUUCACACUGCCGGCCAACACAACUUCCUCCCCAGCUGUUACCAGCGGGAAAGGAGCAGACUGUGGACCCUCUCUUGGGUUAGCAGCUGGCAUCCCGUCCCUGGUGGCCACGGCCCUGCUGGUGGCCUUACUAUUUACUCUGAUUCACCAAAGAAGAAGCAGCAGUGAGUCCACCGAGGAAAGUGAGAGGCCUUGUGAAAUUUCAGAAAUCUAUGACAGUCCCAGGAUAGCUGAGAAUCCUAGGAGGUUACCUACACAGGAGAAGAAUAUCAUGGGAGCAGAAGAAGCCCACAUAUACGUGCAGACUGUUUCAGGAAGUGAGGAGCCCACUCGUGACACUUACCACCGUCCUGCUGUCGAAGUGCAGAGAAGGAGGGCGUUGUGGUGGCUUAUUCCCAGACUGAGCCUGGAGUGAUGCAACACAGCCAAGGAGCAGAUCUGGAGCUGGAACAGAGCUAAGCACACAGGGGUUUGUGCUCGGAGUGAGGAGAGACGCCACGCUGCUUCUUAACCAAUCCAAAUUUCAUUUGCAGAUCCGGAAAACUUUGGGGUUGACUUUACUCUUUAAGGGACAGAUCUGGUAAGGUUCAUUCCAAUGCUCAGACCUUGUGGUUUCAUAAGCAGUGAAGUCAUUGUGCAUCCAAAAGGAGCCCUUGGAUCCUGCUCUUGACCCCAGUGGGGAUUGGCUUUUCUUUGUGAUUUGGGGAAAGGGGUUUGAUUUCUCGGUGACUUGCCCCCUCAUCUUUUUUCAUAUCCAUUUUCUCAAAAAAGCCAUCAGACCUGGCUUCCACGGGCAGGUUGGCCAAGGCUAGCAUGGUGGAAGUUGGGAUAUAAAUGAAACGUACAGGGGAUGUGUGAGGAGAAGCAGUUCCUUAUUUCUGAACAACUCAGGGUAGAAACCAUGAUGAACCACAUGUUCCCUGACCACAGGGGCAGCCCACUGCUGCAUCAUUCAUCACUCCCACUUGUGAUCAGAGGGUAUUUAAGGAAGGCAGUUCUGUAACGGGCUCUGUGUCUGUGUGUGGGUGUGUGCGCACGGAGGGUAAAUAGGGAGAAGGGAAAGCAGAGGUUGUUUCAAAAGAUUAUUAGAAAUGAGGGCUAUAACCAUUUUGCGGGAGUGGAGAGAAAGGCCCAAGUCCUUGGACCAUCAUGGGGAAAAAGUCAUUAGCAGGAAGAAAGAUCAAGAGGACUCUGGGUGGAUGAACACAAGACCAAAGGGAUGGGCCAAGUAGCAAUGUGACUGUCAUCUGAGGGGAGCCCAUGGACAGUGUCACCAUCACUUCUGUGAGGAGGCUUACAGGAGUCCUGGUUCCCCUAUGCAGGUCCAUUGCUUGUGAGCACGCCAGGUCUCCUGGUGGGAGAACCUGGGUCCAGGGCAUCUUGGGGUCCACCCACCAGCUCCUUGUACCUCCUUGAAAUGCUGUGGAAAUAUUCCUUUCUCACACGGGGAGCCUGAUUGCUCAGAAACACACCUCCUCUUCUUUAAAUAACCAAGGACAGGUUAUACGCAUCCAAUCACUGCCACACGCUGACACAUGCUCUUCAAAGCUCUUUGUGAAAUUCAGUUUUGUACCAAGUCCACUGAGUCUAGUCCCGUUAACAAGCAGAUUUGUCCGUUUUUAAGCGGACAUGCCCAGGGAUCCAGGUGCUUAUACUUCUCUUACACGUUGGGAAGGACCUUGGAUUUGCUGAGAACAUGACUGUGGCCUUAGCCUUGACACUCAAAGGUCUGAGCUCUGGAGCAUAUCAUGGGCCUUAGCUCUCUAUGUACAAAAUGGAGAUAGCUGUUUUCUUCCUCCUACCCUUAGGGGUGUUGUGAGGCUGAAAAAGACAAGUGA